GUGCAGCAGCUUCGCCGCUACAUCGAGAAGGCGCGCAACCCCACUGACUCGGACUCGAGGCUCGCAGAGCGCGGGCUGCUGGUGCCUGGUGAGGCGCUGCGCGGGGGCCAGCCGGCGGCUCGGCUAGGGCGGCUGCGGGGGCCGGCGGCAGGCGCCGCGGCGGACCGCAGCGAGGCCGCGGGCGCGGCCCCUGGUCGGACCGAGCCCGCCCAGCCCGCCGGCCGCCCGCUCGCGCCGGCAUUCUCGAGGUUUUCAGCGGCUGCGCCAGGCUCUCUGGCCGGCCUGCGCAUCCUCUGCCCCGUGGAUGCCUCGGCCGGGCCGCGGGUCGACGUUCUCAGUGCUGGUGUCCAGCAAACCAUCUUGCAGUGGAUCACUCAUGGUCGCGUCUCCCACGUUCAUCUCGCCCCUCCCUGCACCCGAUGGGGCGUCGCGAACAACACGGGGUCCAAGGACUCCGCGGGCUCUCGGGCUGGCCUUGGCUGCGCCGACUUCACGGUGAAGAAACUAAGAUGCGACCGUUUCGAGUACCACAGCUGCCACUACGGAGCCCCCUUCAAGAAGCCCACGGCUUUCAUCACUAACGCCCCCGCCCUGAAGGUGAUAGAAGGGAGGAGUAUGUGCGCGGUGCCCCACGAGCGCCUCGAAGGGGAAGUGAAGGUCCCGGACGGGGCCGGCAAGCUCGUCUGGAAGUGGAAGACCUCCCUGGCGGCCGCGUAUCCACCAGGGCUCUGUUUGCCACUGGAUGGGGGGAGCACGCUGUCGGCCACCAGCUCUGCGGCGAUAGCGCGGAGCAGCGGCGUCUCGCUCUCCACGCGCUGGGCUGGACGGCUGGCGGGUCAUGCGGCACUCGAGGGCGGCGGGCGGCCGCCGCUGGGGCUGCUGAUGCAGGACGGCAUCGAGACGCAGCCGCCGCCCAGCGCCCGGCAGCGCCGAGCCUCCACCUGGCGGGCAGUCGCCAAGUCAGUGGCGAUCGCGCUGGGCGAGAGUGGGCACCUGGAGCAGCGCUCCGUGGGCCAGGCGACGCUGCGCGUCUAUCAGCGGGAGUACGGCGAGCUCACGGCCUGGUGGAAGGCGCAGCAGCUGGCGUGCGACAACCCCGAGGCGCGAGACAAGGCCUCGCAGAUCAGGUCGCCGGAUGGGUGCCCCUGGGAAGCCGCGGUGGAGCUGGCCCACUGGAUGGACAAGCACCGCAGUCUGGUCAUGGGCAGCCGCGGCGGGCGCCGGUGCUGGGCCGCCAUGAUCUGCCCGAAGGAGGGGAGACGGCCCACCAAGAGCGGUGACUUCGACGACACCAUCAUCCUGGGCGAGACCUCGGAGGCGCGGCGAAGCCUCAUCACCGAGCUCUUGGCCGUGCUGCACCGUGCGACGGAGCCAGGCGAGCUCGUGUUCGACGGCCUCACGCUCGCGGACUACGAAAGGAUCUCCCGCCAGGGGGCCCAGGAGCUGGGCAUGGCCUGCCUGCAGCUCACUCCCCACUGCCUCCGCCACGGGGGCGCGCCCACCGAUGGCCUGGACGACCUCCCGAUCGCCCAGAUCCAUAAGCGAGGAAGAUGGAAGAGCCUGGCGAGCUCCAUACG